UCAAGCUGGAUCAGCUGACACCGCACAGCUUCUCCUUUUGAUGCUGUGUCUCCUCCAUCGACUGUUAGCGCUUCUCUAAACAGCAUUAUUUCGCUAUCUUGGCCUCACUGGCGUCAAAUUUAAAUAUUUGAGCCGAGGUUAUCUCGCUGUACAGCAGGUUACACCGCCGGAUAGAUGCUGCUAGAGUGGAUGAUGAACGGACACGCUAUUCUGUACACGGGGGUCACUUUGGCCUUCUGGAGCACCAUACUUAUCGUCGGUAUCUGCUACACCAUAUUUGACCUUGGAUUCCGCUUUGAUGUGGCAUGGUUCCUGACAGAGACUUCUCCUUUCAUGUGGGCCAAUCUGGGCAUUGGCUUGGCCAUCUCUCUGUCGGUGGUGGGGGCAGCCUGGGGGAUCUACAUCACUGGCUCAAGCAUCAUUGGUGGUGGUGUCAAGGCUCCACGGAUCAAAACCAAGAAUCUGGUCAGCAUCAUCUUCUGUGAAGCUGUAGCGAUCUAUGGGAUCAUCAUGGCCAUUGUAAUCAGCAACAUGGUGGAGCAUUUCACUGGAACAACCCCUGAGACCAUCGGGGCAAGGAACUACCAAGCUGGUUACUCCAUGUUCGGCGCUGGUCUGACUGUGGGCUUUUCCAACCUCUUCUGUGGCAUCUGUGUCGGCAUCGUGGGCAGCGGAGCAGCGCUGGCGGACGCCCAGAACGCCAGCCUCUUUGUCAAGAUCCUCAUUGUGGAAAUCUUUGGCAGCGCCAUCGGCCUGUUUGGUGUCAUUGUAGCCAUUCUGCAGACAUCGAAAGUAAAGAUGGGUGACUAGACGACGCACUCACACACUGAGAAGAUGCAAAGACACUGCUGGAAAAUAAGAUGGAUUAUUGUGUAAAUACGUCGUAAAUUAUUUAAAUGUCUCUAUUUGCCUGGUAUUGUUUUUAACCAUCAUUUAUGCAAGAGAGUGGUACGUGCACACCAGACUGCCUCGUCUUGAGGGAAACAUCAAUGCUGAAUAAGAGAAGUGGGAACAAAUCACCAGAUGCCAGUGUUCGGUGUGCAUUUCUUGACAUAAAUGAGCGAACCCUGCGUCUCUCCCACAGUUCAGGUCGAUGAGUAUAGCAAACAGAAUGUACACCAGUUGGUUUCAGAUCUGUUUCCUGACACCAGCCAGUCUGUAGUCUCUGAUCGAUUUGCUCUCAAAACUUGCGGAUAGUUUCAUAGAAGUUGGGGGCAUUUUCACAACAUCACUUGUCUCUGACCACUCUUGGAUGAAUGAUGAGUUAAAAAUGACAUCAGAUAUUUGAAAAUACUUGUGUGUGCGUGUGUGUGUGUAUGCUGGACACGUGAUUUUUCUUUUUCAUGUGAAGCAUGAGGGUGUUUACCAUUGUUUAUUACUGUAGCCUGGUCUGUCACUUUUUGUUUUGUAACUGUUCUUUGCUCAUAAUAAGCAAGUGGUCCUUAAUCCACGCAGCGGCCCAAAUACAGUAUUUGUCAGGCCUCCUGCUGUAGAAAUGACAGAGGGUCUAUGACGUUUCGAGCUGGAGUGCCGAUAUGGAAGCAUUAGUAAGGUCACUGGGAAAUUGGUCAUGCUCUUUGGGAGACCAAAUAGAGUCAGAUCAUAGCAGCAGAUCUGCUCUAAAUAUGUCACCCUGUCAUUCAUUUCCUUAGUUUCCCAAAAUGUUAUGGAACUCAGAUGUGUGCAUUUGAGACCAUUAAGCCUCUGGAACAUCGCUGCCAGCCAUGAAUUCCUUGUUUACCCCAGAGUGUCCUCUGUUUUUUAAGUUUUAACCAGGUUUCUUUUCAGUAGUUUUUACAGUUGGACGUGAAAGUGGAUUGUUCUGUGUUGUCUGGAAGGAAGGCGAAAGAUUGUGGAUACCCAAAGCUUUUCUUUUAACUUGCAAGGCAACAGCGAUGACCUUAUCUUGGGCAGGAAAGAGAGGAGUCCCUCAGUUAACAGUAUUACAUUACACUUCGUAGUAACUGUUACUGUUUGCUGUGGCAUCACCAUCGUCGUACUAGAGGGGAACACGAUGUACAAACUCGUCCUCUGGCUUCGAUUUUAUGUUAUCUCUGGUGUUCUGGCAUCCAAAAGUACGGAUUCCAUCACAUAAUCAAACAGCGUCAUGGGUACAGAGUUUUAAAUUUUCACGUUUCUUUUUUUAUUCAGAUGUCUUGUUUUGAAUGUAAGUCUUAACAUAGAAGCCCUUCAAGUCUGCGUUCCCAUGUUAUUUCCAACAUUCCUUAAAGAAGCUUAAUGUGUGUGUGUAAAUGCAAGUCCUGUUUGUGGGUAAAAAUUUGAGCCAUCGUUAAAUCUUUGUCAUCAAAGUUUCCAUGGACUUUUUAUCAGCUGGUGGCUGUGCAGUGUUUCAGCUGAUUCCUGCUGAUGCUGACUCAGUAAUCGGGGUGAAUAAAUUAUUUUUCUGAACCUUUGGCUGCCAGCUGAUAGACAAAUCGAGCUGAUAUGGGCACAGACUGCUUGCAUGGAAACACAUUUGGCAGCACUUUUUGUUCUUGAUGCAUCAUUCCAAAGUUUAAGAUGACAGACCAUGGCUUAUUGUGAAUCCUCUCAAACCUUUCCUGUAAUUUCCCCCCCUGACCCUCUUGUGGAGUUCUGAAUGAGUAUAAACGUUGAAUCUUAACGUGGGGGAAUUGUAUUGUCUGUAAUAUAAUCCAGACCCGGCAUCCCAAAGGUGUCACACAGCGGCAAGAUCAUCUUUGCCCUUACGACGGUUUCCUCUAAUAAAACCAGGAUGUAACUCCAGCGUUCCUUUGGUAAACCAGGCUCUGCACCAAACCCCAGGCUUUCAGUGAGUGUAGUUGGUGCCGUGUGUGCUUUAUGUUGACGUGAUGGUGAUCAGAAAAUAAACUCAUUCUUUUUUUGACAUUGUGUAUGAUAAUAACAGAAACAGAUCUUCCUUCUGGCUUCAUAAAUGUCCCUGAGAAAAUAAAAUUGUCCAAUCAAGA